CAAUUGGGUGGUGCAUUGUUUGUAAGUUAAUGUAAAUGAACUACAAAACAAGGAAAGCAGCCAGCGAAACAACAACAACAACGGUAGCAGUCGGUGGAAAAAUUAUGUGAAACAGAAACGCAGUGCCCGUGUGUGUGUAUUGUGCAAUGGAAAACGAUUUUCAUAAAUGAAAACCUGUGUAAUGUACAACGACCAACUACUCCCACUUGUACGUGUGCGUGUGCGGGGUGAGCAGUGAGCAUUACAGCCUUAAGGGUGUUCAUGUGUGUGCGUGCGUGUCAGAUAAAGACUUCAGUAUUUAGAGUGCAGGAGGAAAGGACAUUAAUGACAGCGACCAGACCAGAGCUCGAACUAUGCAUGCAUAUAAAUUAAUUACGGAAAAGGUUAAAGGCUAAAUUGGAAAAAAGGACCGCUAUGAAGUAGGAAGAGCGCAGUUUUUGGUGUGGGUGCAUGGUAGAACACACAAAGAGGACGAAGUUGUGGGCAAUUCGCCGCGGCGAAAAGAGAAAAAAGAAGGCAGACGGCAAGCCGACAAAAGAGCACAGCGAAAAAUUGUAAAGUAAAUAACUAACAUAAUAAUUAAUAUUAAAGACUGGUAAUCAUAAAGAACAUACACACAUAUAUAUAAAUAAACACCAACGGAAGGUAAAGGCAAUAACACCACCAAAAAUGUCGGCAGCAGAGCUUGAGGCAGAGAACAGUGCCGCCGAAGAGCACCCACAGCAGCAGCAGCAGCAGCAAACACAACAACAACAACAACGUGAACAACAACAAAAUGAGCACACAAGCAACAACAGCAAUACUGCCAUUGAUGCUGAAGCGACGUCAGCGACAGACGCUGAGUCUGACGUCCACGAAACCAUUGAGACUACAAAUAGCAGCAACAACAACCACAACUAUGACAACAAUGCCAUGCAACAGCUGCAGCAUAAUAAUAUGCACCAGCAUGCACAAUUCCAACAACAACAACAGCAGGAGCAAUCCAACAAUGGGUUAGCUGGUCUGGGGCUAACGCUGAUGCAAUCAUCUCCACCACCUCAUAGUUACAGACACUCGCGUGCUUAUCGACACUUUAAGAAUCCACCGCAACCACACAUGUGUAUACGCACAACAACAGAGACGGGUGAGGAGCUCUUCAUAAACGUGUUGAGCUGGACGCGCAUUGUGAUACCGCAGGAACCCAGUGAUCCCAUACCACUCUAUGGAGGCAUGCGCGUGCCGCCAGGCAGCCCGCGCAGUCCGCCUAUUGUUUUCGCUGUCAUGGCAAACCCCGAGGUGCUCAAAGAUUCGGGUCGUCAUAGCAAAGAUCCCGAGGAACGCCGCGCUAUGGUUGAGCUAAUGUGCGAUUUUGUCGAGGCUAUGAAUCCCGGCGUGAAAUUAGUCAGGAACGCCGUGAUACUCAAGGAUCGCGACAUUUCGGGCGAGCUUAAAGACGUCUGGAAUGCCGUGCAGGCGCAGCGUGAUCGGGAGCGUGAGGAGCAGAUGCUGCAGCAGCGCCAGCAACAACACUACCAGAACAUAACCACACAGCAAAUGUUUCCCAAGUCUCCUGACGCGGUGCGAGCGGCGAGCGGAAUGCCUGCCCAUGCCGAAGCCACCAAUUCGAUGGGUCUGCAACACACAGACUCAGUGCCGGAGCAUGCCAAUGGCAUUACACUCGCCGUAUUCGCACAGCAACUGGACAAUAAAGUGGCCAGUGAGCAAAUGGAGCAAAUGCUGGCCAAUGAGGCAGCACCAAGCGAUGCUUGUGUGGAUCAAACGGAUGCUGGUGGUGUGCAACAUUUGACAAAUGCCUCGCCACCCACGUUGGACAUAGAACAGGCGAUAGCAGUGAACACAGCUGAGUCGGAAACGAAGCUCAGCACGCCCAACACCACCACUAAUGGCAUUAACACGCCCACAACUCCUGCAAUGGCCACAUCUACACCUGUUGUUGUUUCAACAUCCGCACCUGCUCCCGCACCUGUGUCCACUCCCAGUGUAACAGCAACAGCGCAGCCAGCAUCGCCCGCUAGUACGCCCACACCUACGCCCGUUGCCACGCCCACUCCCGCUCCCACACCCCCAGCACCGACGAAGAAGGAGAAACUGGGCGGAUUCCUGCCCAACGGUUGCAUUUUCCCGCGCUUCAAGAACAAUAAACACAAAGAUAAGGACAGCAACCAUAAGGAGUCGAAGAGCAAAGAGAAAACGCUUCUGAAUGCCCUUAAGAAGAGCAAAGAGAAGAAAGUGGCGCCGGCUGAGCAACCAGCUGGGGACAAGGCAUCAAAUGUGUCUGUAUCGGAUAAUACCACCACACAAUACGAGAAGAAUUGCAUCAACAAUUUGGAGUGUGAGGUGCAAAAGCUCGAUCUGAAUAAACUGGAUGGUGGUGGGAAUAGCAACAAUGACAACAACAUGUUCAUCAAAUUGAAGGUGGCGCCGAAUGCAGCGACUGUUACGGCCACAGCUGCCAAAUAAAGUAUUUUCAGGAUCAACACGUAAGUUAUAUUGCUCCCAGCAGCUAAAUACAAAAGUGAAACAAAACAAAACGCACUUGACUAGCAACUAAGCAUAGAGUCGUAGCCCCCUGGCACGAUUUGUGGGCGUGCGUAGCAUAUACAAAACUUAUAUACAAAUACCUUUAUAUAGUAUAUACAAAUCUAUAUACAAAAUAGCUGUAUCAGUCAAUUUUGAAACCAACCGACAGACUCUAUCUUUCUCCAUCUCUGACUCCAACAGAAAGCACGAAGAAUGCUAGAUAUGGAAAAAAUAUCCAGAAAUUUGAACGAAAACAUUUAAAUAUUGCGCCAUGCUCUGUAGGGGUUGUUCAAACAAAAAAUGGUCCCACAAAGAAAUGAAAUAUGAAUGCAACUAUUGGAACAAAUUCUGUUAUCAACUAGCGAAAAAAAAACCUUGUAAACUAUACUAAAAGAGGUUUAAAUCCCUAGUCCCAAAGUGCUAACAAAGGACAUGCAUUUAGUAAAAUCAUUACAAAAUAUACUGAGGAUAAAUUGCAACUCGAAUUACAAACAGGGUAUUGUGUAAAUAUCAUAAAUGUAAGUCAGAAGAUGUUAUAUUUCCACGUCAAACUUGGUACAUACUAGCUCAACGGAAAUGGGUCCCGGUAAAUUUAGCUAAAUGGUAUUAAACUAUUUGCAAAUGUAUUAAAUGACCAUUUCACAGCCUCACAUAGAAUUGUAAGUCGAAAACUGGAUCGGUACUAAGCAAUAAGACUAAUUUGCUCUUAAGUUGCACUUGGAGUUUGGCUCAGACUAAACCAAUCGCAA